AUGGUACGAACAUUCUGGUGGUAGUUUGGUUUUGGUCAAUCCGUUUAGACUCAAGCAGACGCUGGGGACGAAUUCGAAAGAAGAAUUUUCGCAAAUAAAGAAUGUGAAAAACUUGAACAACUCAUCGCUUUUUUAGAGGUUCGAGUUGAUACCAAUACAGUCACGAAAAAUGGUGUUCAGAAAAAGCUGAAGCGACUGGAACAGUUGAAGAUAAUGGAUAAUAAAAUAAGUAUUAUUGAAAAACAGUUGGAGAGUUUCGCGAAACAUGUUGGGUGGGGAUGAAUUCAGAUAAUUGACAUUUUUGAAGAGCGAUCAAAGACUGUUCGAGAUCGAGAUGCUCUAUCCAAAGACUGCGACGAGCUCUUCUCUGGUCGCUCCCACAGCUCCUAGAAUGACCUCGCUGCCAGCUUUCGGAGGUUUUCCAGCCCUAGAUCCUUACGUCCCUAUCCAUACAUACCAAAAAAAGGGGGCAGUUUUUUUUUGCCUUUCUUUCUUUUUUAUCAAUAUUUGCUGGGGAACUGACCAUUCGUAUAAAUUCCCUUGAAAUAUUAGUGUGAUAUUGUAACAGGAGAAGAGGAAAUCUCUGACAGCUCAAGUCUGAAGGCUGAGGUCCCCGAUCUACAGAAGCGCGCUGAAGAGCCAAAUUCCGCCCCGAUCUCUGUCUGUUUCUCUGAAUUGAAAACAAAACUGUUUCUUUUUCCAGGAGGAAUUUUCAACUCGUCCAAAUGAUGAACAAACUAAUGUACAUGAGGCAGAGGUACAGAACAUGGCCAAGCUCUUUGCGACAGUGCAUUGGCCGACUUUGGCACCAUUUGCGAACUCUACUUCCAACGAAGCUCUCGAUACUCAUUUUUUUCCAACCUUGCAUAUAUAG